AUAUAAUAUAUAUAUAGCUAACAAGCCCUAAUAUGAAAGUUAAAAGUUACAUUUCAGUUUUUUUUUACCGUCGUGCUAAUUAUUACUCUUUCUAAAUUAGUUUUUUUUCCUUAUAAUACUUGAUAAGACGCGAUAAUUUUGAUAAGCUUAAAGUGAUAACAGGGGUAAUGAUCAUUUACUACAAAGCUAUGUUUGCGUGUGGAUACUGUGGUAAAGAAUUUAAAUAUGAGAGUGAAAAGAGAAGGCAUGAAAUAAGUCACAAUCCUCAAUUUGAGUGUACAGAAUGUUUUAAAAAAUUCAGUUUUGUUUCUGCUUUGCGACGUCAUCAGAAACAACACAAAAGAACUGGAAUAGUCCAAUGUUCUGAAUGUAAUAGAAAUUUUAGAGAUGACACCUUGCUUAAACGUCAUAUUAAAUACGCUCAUAAAGAAACACAUAUUUGCUCUAAGUGCGAAGCAAAGUUCAACAGCCAGCAAGCUUUGUUGUCUCACCAGAAAAGUCAUAAACCAAAGUCGGAAAGAAGAUAUCAGUGCAGUUACAAUGCAUGUGAAAAAACAUUUAACUUUGCACAUCAUCUUAAACAUCAUGAACAAACACAUUCAGCGGAAAAACAACAUUACUGCUCCAGUUGUGGGAAAGGAUUUAUUCAACUACAUCAUUUGAAAACACAUUUGAAAAAGCAUAAACCAGAUUCUUGGCUCAAAUGUAAUUUACCAGAAUGUUUGAAGAUAUUUACAAAUGAUUAUGCAUUGAAGCGCCAUCUGGCAACACAUAAAAAUUUGAUAAGUGCAGAAGACUAUGAAUUAUAUUAUGAAUAUAAUAAGAUGACAUCACCAACUUCAUCAGAAGACAAACAUAAUGAUUUAGAGCAGAUGUACUUGGAAGAUGAAAAGGAAACAUCAGAAUUGUUUAAAAAGUACCAGUUGCUUGAAGAUUUAUCUUUGAAGAAAAGUACAAUAAUCACUGAGAGAAUAGAGAAUGUCCCUAACUUAGUUAAUUAUAGUUUAGGUGAUAGUGCAAAUUUAAAUAUUAGUGUGAAUAGAAGUGACGAUGCUACUUGUAAAGGCUGUGAUUGUGCAAAGAAUACAGAGACUUUAAGAAAUGAAAAUAUGCCAGAAUUUAAAUAUAACAGUGAUGGUACAAUAAAAAUUAAAGAAUUUAUAGAUACUGAUAUAACAAUAGCUAAAAAUUUUAAAAAAGAAUAUAUUGAAGAUAAAAAUGACUUCAGUAACUUUGAUAUACCGUAUAAUAGUUGUAAAGCAGUUUUAGGCAAAUGUAUUGUUUCUGGUACUGGUACAAUAAAUGAGAAUUGUCUUUGUGCAAAAAUGGCGAUUGAUGAUAGUCCAAUGAUCUAUCAUGAAAUUAGUGAAUUAACACCAAUUCCAGUGUAAUUAAAGUUAUCAUUUAUAAAAUAUAUUGCAAUGUUGAAA